AUGCUAAGGACCUCGAAGUCCUCAAGUUUCUCCGUCUUGGUCAAGCAGAUGUGGGGGACGCGCCACAGUCACCCUCUAAGGCCGGAGCGAUCAUGCUCACAGCCUCCCUGUGCUCAGAGGAACAGGAAUAACGCUUUGCACUCCUUGUGGAAGGGCCCCGCCUCCACACCAUGGGGCACUCGGCAGUCCCCCAUCAACAUACGCUGGAGGGACAGUGUCUACGACCCUCGGCUGAAGCCACUCUGGGUCUCCUACGAUGCGUCGGCCUGCCUCUACGUCUGGAACACCGGCUACCUCUGCCAGGUGGAAUUCGAUGACUCCAGCCACGGGGCAGGAAUCAGCGGUGGCCCCUUGGAAAACCACUACAGAUUAAAGCAGUUCCACUUCCACUGGGGAGCCGAGAACGAGUGGGGCUCAGAGCACACGGUGGACGCCCACGUGUACCCGGCAGAGCUGCAUUUAGUCCACUGGAAUUCUGUGAAAUACCGAAGUUACAGGGAAGCUGUACUGGGAGACAGCGGCCUGGCGGUGAUUGGCGUCUUCUUAAAGCUGGGCACCCAUCACGAGGGGCUGCAGAAGCUGGUGGAAGUCUUGCCGGAAAUAAGGCAUAAGCAUGCGCGGGCAGCUGUGGGCCCCUUCGAGCCCUCCUGUCUGCUGCCCACCUGCCGGGAUUAUUGGACCUACCCGGGCUCCCUCACUACUCCUCCACUAACCGAGUCGGUCACCUGGAUCAUCCAGAGGAAGCCCAUUGAAGUGGCCCAGAGCCAGCUGGCCGCGUUUCGCACACUCCUGUUUUCUGCACUUGGUGAAGAAGAGAAAACGAUGGUGAACAACUUUCGCCCACUUCAACCCCUGAUGAACCGGAAGGUCCGUUCAUCCUUCCAGGCCACUGAAGAGGGCACAGGAUCCUAAAUUCAUUACA